GAACAAAGAAAAAACAUAAGAGCCAAAAAACCAUGUCAUCUUCUCCUACCUUAAUAUCCUUCGUGAUACUGUCCUUUCUCCUUGUAAAUAUUGAUGCCAAUCAUCGACCAUGCGGAGAAAAAUUCGCGAAACUCAUCGAACAAAAAAACAUAACAGCAUGCAAGAGAUUACGAACUCAAGGAGCCGAAUUCGGUUGGAACUACCACAACAGCCCAAACUCAACCACACUUGAAAUCUUAUUUGGUGCAAUUUUAGAUACUAGCCAAGGGUGGAUAGCUUGGGGUGUGAAUCCAGAAGAAAGAGCAGAAAUGAUUGGAACAAAAGCAAUCAUAGGGAUUAAAAACCCCGAUUUUGCUACUACUUCAUCAUCAACUUUAAGAGUUCAUACUUAUGAUGUUACAAAUGAAACCAAACGUGGUUGUACUCUUUUACCUAGCAAAAACAUUGGCCUUAAUGUUUCACAUAUGAUGUUUCAAGAUGAAGGGUCCAAUUUUUAUACUAUAUAUGCUAGAUUGGUUCUACCCUCUGAUGAAUAUAACAUAACAAGGUUGAACCAUGUUUGGCAAAUUGGACAUGCUGUUAGUUGGGAAAGUCCUUUGCGCCAUCCAAUAAAUCUUAACAAUGUGGAUAGCACUGAGACUAUAGACUUGACUUCUCCUCAUGGUCCCAGCACCGGACAGUUCCGGAGUUCCCUUCAAUCGGUGCAUGGAGUUCUAAGCAUUAUAGGGUGGGGAACAAUGCUACCUCUUGGAGUAAUAAUCCCAAGAUACUUUAGAGUGUAUCCUUUUAGAAGGGAACCAUGGUGGUUUUUCCUACACAUUGGUUGCCAAUUAACUGGUUUUCUCAUUGGAACUGCUGCUUUUGUCAUUGGAUUGGUUCUUGGACGCUCAUCUAGAUACUAUAUCUUCCAAACUCAUAGAAACUUUGGAAUUAUCAUUUUCACUUUUAGUACAAUCCAGAUGUUGGCAUUUCGGUUAAAGCCUGCGGUAACAGAUGAUUACAGGAAAUAUUGGAAUAUAUAUCAUCAUUUUCUUGGAUAUGGAUUAUUGGCUAUCAUAAUUAUAAACAUAUUUAAAGGAAUUGGCAUUUUGAAUGGAGGUGAUAAAUGGAAGUGGAGUUACAUUGGAAUUCUUAUAUGUUUAGGUGCCAUUGCAUUUGCUUUGGAGAUUUUCACAUGGAUUAGGUUUCUCAUCAUCGAUGAAUGGAUUGAAAAACACCGUAAGAAGAAAGAAAAAAAUGAGAAGGAAAAAAAUGAGAAGGAAAAAAAAGAGAAGGAAGAUAAAGAGAAGUUGGAGAAGGCUAGUGUUCCUAAUCAAAACAAGUAGUAAACAAACACAAUGGUCAUGCAUGUGAGGAUAUCACACUCUAUUGGUUGAAUAAAAUGUGUUCUUAACAAGUAGUAAACAAACACAAUGGUCAUGCAUGUGAGGAUAUCACACUCUAUUGGUUGAAUAAAAUGUGUUCUUUGUUUGUGUGUGUUUUUUUUUUGGCAUAUAUUUUGUGUGUAAUAAUUGAUACUUUAAUAUUUAAAUAAUGAUAAGUAUAAUUUUUCAAUCUCA